GACGACUACAACUUCAUUCACCACCUUUUCACACUUAGACUUACUGCCUUAGACUAUCCUUUACAACUGAUCACCGAACAUACAUUUCCAUGGAUUACACGCACUGCUCACCAGCGACGCCUUAAAACCAAACAGACUACUAACGUUACCAAACCCACUGUUUACUACAAGACUCUAUACAACAAAGACAAACGAACAGACAAACUGGUCAACAACAUUCUACUCAAAUACCACAACCCACACAUACCGAAACUCUCAAAAGCAUACUGCAACUCUACUAAACUCCACACACUCCUUCUUACUAAUAAAAUGUUACACCAUAAAUUAAUCCUAUUUAAUAAUUCUACCACUUAA